UUUUUAUGAUAUUAACCUUUUUUAAUUAUGGUAACCUGAAAAUAAUAUGUAUUAAGGUAAUACAAAUAGUCUAUUGGUUAUUUAAACUUUAAAAACUAAUAGAAAAAUCUUAAAUAACUGAAUUGUAGUAUGGAGAGCGAAUGGAUGAAGACGUUCUAGAUAUAGAGAAGUAGUUUUGGUGUAAUAUAGUAAAAUGUGAUAGAAAGUAUAUAUAGGAUAAAAAAAAUAUGAGGAAAAUGAUUGGAGAUAAGUCUCUGCCCACCCAAGAUCCUGAAACGACACUCGACACCUGCCCCCAGUCGCUUGCCAGAACGCCAAGCACAGCCCCAGCACUAGACGUGCACACAGGAGCUUGCGCUCAGCUCUGCUCGCCGAUCCACCAUACCAAAAGCGCUCUCCUUCGUCUCCAACCCCACCCUCCCUCACACCCUCACCAGUCACCUCCACAAACGAGAGAAUAAAGGUGAAAGGACCCCUCGGAUUCACAACGGUAAAGCCUGCGGCACCCUGCUCCUUACAGCCCACUCACCACUCUCGCUCCAACUCCGAGUUUGAGUGCAGCAGAAGGCAGAGCAGGAAAGGAAUUUCGGAAGGGACGGGUACAGCCCGCAGCGCCACCACAAGGGAGCACCUGGACCAGGAGCCUCCAAGCGCAAGCAACCAAGCGCAGCGCAGAGCACAACCCGACGCCCAGCACAACCAGCAGCCAGGGCAGCAUAAAGCAAUGCAGCCGGGAGGCGCGGCUUCCAGUACCGCCACCGGUGGACGGAGGCGCGUGUCGGUGCAGUCCACCAGGAGCGCCGGCGCCACACCGGCGUCGUCGGUGUGGGAGGCGCGGAUGAAGAUGGACGAGGUCAGGGGCGGCGUCAAGGUCUUCAGCGCCGGCGCCGCCGACGAGCCGGCGGACGAGGAGGGCGUGCGGGUCUACCGCCGCCUGCGCCGCAACCAGAGCGAGGGCGGCGGCGCCGGUGCCGCGGACACCGCCGCCAAGAAGAGGCGCAGCUGGAAGGCUUCCAAGCCGGUCACCGCGAUCGGGGACCUCCGCAAGUCGCGCUCCGACGCCGCCGCCGCCGUGACGACGGCCACCACCACCGCCACUGCGGUGGUUGCUAGGCGGGCCGUGGCGCGGGUAUCCAUGCCCGAGAAGAAGGUGGCGCCGGCGCCAGCGGCCGCCGCCGGCGAGGUCAAGGAGGUGGUGGUCGUGGAAGUGCACAAGGCUGCGGCGGCAGACGCGAAGAACGUGGCGCGAGGACCAGAUGAGGAGUUGGACGACGACGACGACGACCACGACGACGGCGCGGAGGGUGAAUUGUUGGACGAGGAGCAGGAGACAGACGAGGAGGAAGAAAAAGAGAUGCUGGAUCUGCAGGAUCACAUGGCCAUUGACGACGACGAGCAAACUGCUCCGCACCAAGUGGACGACGACGACGAGCAAGAUCUUGAGCCACCGACAAAAGCAGGGAUUAAGCCCACGCUGUCGGUGGAAGAAGAGAGAGCGACCAACCCAGAGCCGGUGAAGCCGCCGCCUCCAGGGAAGAAACUAGCCUCGGUGGUCGAUCUCCGAGCGGUCAAUCCGGAACCCAUGACCCCUGCUCCUCCGCCAGUCGAGAAGAAGGCGACACCGAUAGUGGUUCACCGCAUGACCAACUUCGAGCUGGCACAAUCUUUUCCAGAGAAGAAAGCUUUGCCGGCGGUGGGUCCCCGGAUUCCGAAGACAGAGCCUGCCAGCAGUCCUCCUGGUGGUGAGGAGUAUGAGGAGAUCCAAGGAAGACCAUCUCAACCGAGCAGAAGUCAAGCGAGAAUGCAGAACAUUGUGAAUCUGGUGAUGUGGACCGACGUGUCAAAAUCCGCGCUGGUGUUCGGACUAGGGACUUUCUUGCUCGUCUCCUCCUCCUACGCCAAAGACCUAAACUUCAACACGAUCACGGCGGCGUCGUAUGCAGGCCUGAUCUACCUCGGUCUACGCUUCCUGCGCAAGUCCAUACUGAGCAGGGGUGAAAGUGUGGAGUGCGACGAUGAUGGAGGCGUCGGCGGCGAUAGGUGCUGCUACCUGGUCGGGGAGGAGGAUGCCGUGUGGCUGCUGAGGCUGGUGCUGCCGUACGUCAACGAGGUGCUGCUAAACCUGAGGUCUCUCUUCUCCGGCGAGCCUGCGACCACCAUGAAGCUGGCGCUGAUACUGUUCGCGAUGGCCCGGUGCGGCAACUUUGUCACCCUCUGGACGCUGGCCAAACUGGUGUUCUUUGGGGUCUUCAUCAUCCCCAAGGUGUGCUCCUCUUACUCCACGCAGCUGGCACGAUACGCAUGGGCAAAGGGCGAAAAGCACAUCGGCGGAAACCCCGGCUGGGCCGGCCAGACAGGAAGCCCAACGGCGAUAAAGCAGGUUCUGGCUGGAGAGGCUGAGGGACGCCUGGGAGUCGUGCACCCACAAGAAGGCCGUGGUGGCGGCCGCCUUCACGCUGGUCUGGAACGUCUCGUCCACGGCGUCGCGCGUCUGGGCGGUGUUCAUGCUGGCGGUGGCCGUCAAGUGCUACCACCAGCGCGUCGGGGAGUUCGGCUGGAGCAGCAGCAGCGCGGGGGCGCAGGAACAGCCAGCGGACGACGACGACGAGCCGCCGCCGCCGCCGCCGAAGCACAGGGCCCAGGACGAGUCGUCGUCGCCGCGGCAGGAGUUCGGGGCGCCGCCGCGGCACAGGCGGGCGCCGGUCUCCGGCGAGUUCGCCCGCGAGAGGCUCAGGGCUCGGGGCGGCAUCCAGCCUCGGUGACGGUUGGGGUUGCAUUUAGAGGCUGCAUGAGGCUUUGAUCUGUUGCGGUCCUGCUCCUGCGAUCGGCAGGCAAUAACGAGGGAUCCCAUACACGCAGACGCAGUGUGUUCGCGCUAAACGCCUCGACCAAACCACUCGAGCCCACUGCUAAUGAGCCACGAAUGGAGUUGGUUGGGGGGAUGGUUCGUUCUAGUGGUUCGUUGAAACAAUAGAGUGGUUCUGCUUUCGUAUUUGGUUCAUAGACAGGACAUCCUCUUUUUUUUUUUUUUUGGGGGGGGGGGGGGGGGGGGGAGUCGUUCUAGAAUCUUGAGAGCUGUUCCACCUCAGGAACCGGUACAACUUGUUAGCUCUUGAAGCAAACAGCACCUGAGGUUACUUCAGAAUUUGCCAAUCUCUGCGCCAUUUCGCUGUUACAGUUUA